AUGGCGGCGGGCCAGUGCCGCGACAACACGAGUAAAAGACAAGCAAUUACAGCAAGCAACUGGCUGAGUGAGGUGCGAGCCCUGAGUGAAGUGGUGCCUGUGCUGCUCCUCCCCUUGGAACUAAAGGUAGCUGAAAAUGGCAGUGCCAUGCUUAUUAUAUGAGUCCUUUUGGAUAACCACAACCAUACAGAAAUCUUGAGUCGCAAGUUAUGUGUCGUUUAGAUUUAGCAUUAAUAACCACCUACUCUUCUCCUUAACUCAGCUCGAUUUUUGAGCCACACGCCUAAAACUACCCUGUCCACUUGCCAAGAUAAUGCUGAGCAACAUGCCGAGCUCAGAUAUUUCAGAUGUGUCUUUUCCAUUUUAUCUGCGGCCGCUGCAAUAUUCUCCUCGUCAACAAUCCAUACACGUGGAAGCAGCCUCUGUGUUAACGGUUUUAGCGCUCGUGUCUUGUCCGCACAGCUUUGCAUCCAUACCAAUGA